AUGGAGGUGGUCGGCGUCAUCGUCAGCGUCAUCCCACUUGUCACCAAACUCGUCAAACACUUCGGAACCCAACGAAAUGCGCCCCGCCAGGUGGAACGCUUGUCGCGGGUGCUCGCAGAGCUCAAAGACGAGCGGCUCUUGGACGCCGCCAUGCCUGCUGAGCAGAAGCACAUUCGGGAAAUGUUGGACAGAUGCACAGACCUGCUAGACAAGGAAAUGGCCACGGGCCAAAAGAGUCGUGCUUGGAAGUUUUUCUGGUCGGCCGAGGCCGAGAACCGGCUCAAAGGGCACAAUGACGAACUCGAGACGGAACUUGGUCGGCUUCAGCUUCGCGUGCACAUGUUCAAGAAGCGGAUCCAGUAUGUCGGCCGUGGGUCGGGCGGUGCUCAGGUUCGAGUCACCCAUAGAAGUCAGCACCUUCCCCGCGGUAACAUCUGGUUCGAGGACGAAGAUCUCGAGGACCUGUCGGUUUCGUUCCUUGAACCCCACGACAUCACGAUACAAAACGAGGAAGGAUACAAAGUCUACCGGUCGUACUCGAUCUAUCAGUUCGGCACAGUUGCGCACCGGGAGGAGUUCCUGGUCCAUGUGCGGGAGCGGCAACUCUUGGGCCGUUACUUCGCCGAAAAGAUCUGGGAAGGGCGCGACCUGAUUGCCCAGCAAAAAGUGGUCCGGCUGUGGAGGAAGACCACGUCGCGGGAGUCACAAAAAACAACCUUGUCCUUCAUUGGGCGGGACGAAAGGCCCUACGAACGAGCGCUGGUCGACUUCCGCAGGAGUCCCACGCUACGGGAUAACCGCGCCGAGCUCGCCGACGUCGUCGGUAGCUCGAAAACGACGCUCGAGUUCCGCCGUCCACCCAGACCGGCGCGGACAAGGUCGAGGCUAUUUGGAUCACGGUCUAGGAGCUCGGCGUCCUUAGUCUCAGACGACGAGACCAGCAAUGACUCGGACGCGGCGCGCUUCAAGGCAGCCUUCGAAGCGAACCAUCCAGCCACCUCCACCUUUUCCCCGUUGACCUUGCGUCCUACCGGUGGCGAGGCGAAUUUCGAUGACGUCCCGGGACUGUCCCCCAGCUUACCGGCUUUGUCGCCGACCUCCUCAAAGGCUCCUACCCUAGACACCAUCAGCCUUCCCCCAGCCUCGAUCGCCUCCCUCCCGGACGACCUACCCGUCUCCCCUCGGAGCUCGAUGAUGCCCGUAAUAAAGGACGAAGAUUUGUUCCCUUGA